GAGCCGGCUGUCAUUAAGGAUAUUGCUGAGAGAGAGAUUAUAGUUUGAGAUCAGAUGGUUAUGACGUUGAAGAAUAAAAUAAGGUUUGCCUUUUUAAAAAAUAAUGGCACCAGUAACACUACUGCCUUCACAAUAUUAUGGCUAUGGCUGCUGCUUAGUGGGAUUGGAGGCCAAAGUACAACACCAUUUACAACAGAAACCACAGAAGGGACAACUGAAUUCACAAUGGCCACUGAAACAACGGAAUCCUCAAAUAUUCCAACUCUGCGCAUUACAACUGAGAAACUGACAAUGACAGAGGAAACUUCCACAGCCACAACUACAACAUUAACCACAACACCAACAACAGAACUGACCAGUACUAUUUUGUCGACAACACAGGCUGCAACAACAGAUGAAACAACUGCAGCCACAACAACUGUAACCCCAACCCCUACAACUCAGGAACAAACAACAACAGUGGAAACAACCACAGCUACAAGAAUACCAUUAACUACAACACCUACAACAGAACUGACCAGUACUAUUUUGUCGACAACACAGGCUGCAACAAGUGAUGAAACAACUGCAUCAACCACUAUAAAUGAAGAACAAAGUACAGAGGAAACAACCACAUCUACAACUAUACAGACAACAGCACAAACACUAGAACUAUCAACGACACAGGUUACAACAAGUGCAGAACCAACAACAGUAGGAACAACUGCAUCUACAACUACUCCAGCUCCAACUACUCCAACUGAGGAAACAACUACAGCUCCAACUACAACAUUAACUACAGCAGCAACAACAGAACUAACCACUACCACAGAAUCAACUACACAGGCUACAAUAAAAACAGAACCAACAACAGUAGAAACAACUGUACCUACAACUACUCCAACUCCAACAACUACAAAUGAGGAAGCAACAACAACACUGGAAACAACCACAGAUACAACUGUACUGACAACAGUACCAACAACAGCAUCUACAACAACUGUAGCCCCAACCACUACAACUCAGGAACCCAGUACUACAGAGGGAACUGCUACAAGUACAACUGUACUGACAACAAUACCAACAACAGAACUAUCAACUACACAGGUUACAACAAGUGCAGAACCAACAACAGUAGGAACAACUGCAUCUACAACUACUCCAGCUCCAACUACUCCAACUGAGGAAGCAACAACUACAGAGGAAACAACUACAGCUCCAAGUACAACAUUAACUACAGCAGCAACAACAGAACUAACCACUACCACAGAAUCAACUACACAGGCUACAACAAGCACAGAACCAACAACAGUAGAAACAACUGUAUCUACAACAACUGUAGCCCCAACUAGUACAACUCAGGAGCCCAGUACUACAGAGGAAACUACUACAAGUAAAACUGUACUGACAACAAUACCAACUACAGAACUAUCAACGACACAGGUUACAACAAGUGCAGAACCAACAACAGUAGGAACAACUGCAUCUACAACUACUCCGGCUCCAACUACUCCAACUGAGGAAGCAACAACUACAGAGGAAACAACUACAGCUUCAAGUACAACAUCAUCUACAGCAGCAAAAACAGAACUAACCACUACCACAGAAUCAACUACACAGGCUACAAUAAGCACAGAACCAACAACAGUAGAAUCAACUGCAUCUACAACUACUCCAGCUCCAACAACUACAACUGAGGAAGCAACAACAACACUGGAAACAACCACAGAUACAACUGUACUGACAACAGUACCAACAACAGCAUCUACAAUAACUGUAGCCCCAACCACUACAACUCAGGAACCCAGUACUACAGAGGGAACUGCUACAAGUACAACUGUACUGACAACAAUACCAACAACAGAACUAUCAACUACACAGGUUACAACAAGUGCAGAACCAACAACAGUAGGAACAACUGCAUCUACAACUACUCCAGCUCCAACUACUCCAACUGAGGAAGCAACAACUACAGAGGAAACAACUACAGCUCCAAGUACAACAUCAACUACAGCAGCAACAACAGAACUAACCACUACCACAGAAUCAACUACACAGGCUACAACAAGCACAGAACCAAAAACAGUAGAAUCAACUGCAUCUACAACUACUCAAGCUCCAACAACUACAACUGAGGAAGCAACAACAACACUGGAAACGACCACAGAUACAACUGUACUGACAACAGUACUAACAACAGCAUCUACAACAACUGUAGCCCCAACCACUACAACUCAGGAAUCCAGUACUACAGAGGAAACUACUCCAAGUACAACUGUACUGACAAAAAUACCAACUACAGAACUAUCAACUACACAGGUUACAACAAGUGCAGAACCAACAACAGUAGGAACAACUGCAUCUACAACUACUCCGGCUCCAACUACUACAACUGAGGAAGCAACAACUACAGAGGAAACAACUACAGCUCCAAGUACAACAUUAACUACAGCAGCAACAACAGAACUAACCACUACCACAGAAUCAACUACACAGUCUACAUUAAGCACAGAACCAACAACAGUAGAAACAAUUAUAUCCACAACAAUUGUAGACCCAACUAGUACAACUCAGGAGCCCAGUACUACAGAGGAAACUACUACAAGUACAACUGUACUGACAACAAUACCAACUACAGAACUAUCAACUACACAGGUUACAACAAGUACAGAACCAACAACUGUAGAAACAACUGCAUCUACAACUACUCCAGCUCCAACUACUCCAACUGAGGAAGCAACAACUACAGACGAAACAACUACAGCUUCAAGUACAACAUUAACUACAGCAGCAACAACAGAACUAACCACUACCACAGAAUCAACUACACAGGCUACAACAAGCACAGAACCAACAACAGUAGAAACAACUGUAUCUACAACUACUCCAGCUCCAACAACUACAACUGAGGAAGCAAGAACAACACUGGAAACAACCACAGAUACAACUGUACUUACAACAGUACCAACAACAGCAUCUACAACAAUUGUAGCCCCAACCACUACAACUCAGGAACCCAGUACCACAGAAGAAACUACUACAAAUACAACUGUACUGACAACAAUACCAACUACACAACAAUCAACUACACAGGUUACAACAAGUGCAGAACCAACAACAGUAGGAACAACUGCAUUUACAACUACUACAGCUCCAACUAUUCCAACUGAGGAAGCAACAACUACAGAGGAAACAACUACAGCACCAAGUAAAACAUUAACAACAGCAGCAACAACAGAACUAACAACUACCACAGAAUCAACUACACACGCUACAACAAGCCCAGAACCAACAACAGUAGAAACAACUGUAUCUACAACUACUCCAUCUCCAACAACUACAAUUGAGGAAGCAAGAACAACACUGGAAACAACCACUGCUACAACUGUACUGACAACAGUACCAACAACAGCAUCUACAACAACUGUAGCCCCAACCACUACAACUCAGGAACCAAGUACUACAGAGGAAACUACUACAAGUACAACUGUACUGACAACAAUACCAACUACAGAACUAUCAACUACACAGGUUACAAUAAGUGCAGAACCAGCAACAGUAGGAACAACUGCAUCUACAACUACUCCAGCGCCAACUAUUCCAACUGAGGAAGCAACAACUACAGAGGAAACAACUACAGCUCCAAGUACAACAUUAACAACAGCAGCAACAACAGAACUAACAACUACCACAGAAUCAACUACACAGGCUACAACAAGCACAGAACCAACAACGAUAGAAACAAUUAUAUCUACAGCAACUGUAGCCCCAACUAGUACAACUCAGGAGCCCAGUACUACAGAGGAAACUACGAAAAGUACAACUGUACUGAUAUCAAUACCAACAACAGAACUAUCAACUACACAGGUUACAACAAGUGCAGAACCAACAACAAUAGGAACAACUGCAUCUACAACUACUCCAGCUCCAACUACCCCAACUGAGGAAGCAACAACUACAGAGGAAACAACUACAGCUCCAAGUACAACAUUAACAACAGCAGCAACAACAGAACUAACCACUACCACAGAAUCAACUACACAGGCUACAACAAGCACAGAACCAACAACAGUAGAAACAAUUAUAUCUACAACAACUGUAGCCCCAACUAGUACAACUCAGGAGCCCAGUACUACAGAGGAAACUACUACAAGAACAACUGUACUGACAACAAUACCAACUACAGAACAAUCAACUACACAGGUUACAACAAGUGCAGAUACAACAACAGUAGGAACAACUGCAUCUACAACUACUCCAGCUCCAACUGAGGAAGCAACAACUACACUGGAAACAACCACGGAUACAACUGUACUGACAACAGUACCAACAACACCAUCUACAACAACUGUAGCCCCAACCACUACAACUCAGGAACCCAGUACUACAGAGGAAACUACUACAAGUACAACUGUACUGACAAAAAUACCAACUACAGAACUAUCAACUACACAAUUUACGAGUGCAGAACCAACAACAGAAGGAACAACUGCAUCUACAACUACUCCAGGUCCAAGUACUCCAACUGAGGAAGCAACAACUACAGAGGAAACAACUACAGCUCCAAGUACAACAUUAACAACAGCAGCAACAACAGAACUAACAACUACCACAGAAUCAACUACACAGGCUACAACAAGCACAGAACCAACAACUGUAGAAACAACUGCAUCUACAACUACUCCAGCUCCAACUACUCCAAUUGAGGAAGCAACAACUACAGAGGAAACAACUACAGCUCCAAGUACAACAUUAACUACAGCAGCAACAACAGAACUAACCACUACCACAGAAUCAACUACACAGUCUACAAUAAGCACAGAACAAACAACAGUAGAAACAACUGUAUCUACAACUACUCCAGCUCCAACAACUACAACUGAGGAAGCAACAACAACACUGAAAACAACCACAGAUACAACUGUACUGACAACAGUACCAACAACAGCAUCAACAACAACUGUAGCCCCAACCACUACAACUCAGGAACCCAGUACUACAGAGGGAACUACUACAAGUACAACUGUACUGACAACAAUACCAACUACAGAACUAUCAACUACACAGGUUACAACAAGUACAGAACCAACAACUGUAGAAACAACUGCAUCUACAACUACUCCAGCUCCAACUGAGGAAGCAACAACUACAGAGGAAACAACUACAGCUCCAAGUACAACAUCAUCUACAGCAGCAAAAACAGAACUAACCACUACCACAGAAUCAACUACACAGGCUACAACAAGCACAGAACCAACAACAGUAGAAUCAACUGCAUCUACAACUACUCCAGCUCCAACAACUACAACUGAGGAAGCAACAACAACACUGGAAACAACCACAGAUACAACUGUACUGACAACAGUACUAACAACAGCAUCUACAACAACUGUAGCCCCAACCACUACAACUCAGGAAUCCAGUACUACAGAGGAAACUACUCCAAGUACAACUGUACUGACAAAAAUACCAACUACAGAACUAUCAACUACACAGGUUACAACAAGUGCAGAACCAACAACAGUAGGAACAACUGCAUCUACAACUACUCCGGCUCCAACUACUACAACUGAGGAAGCAACAACUACAGAGGAAACAACUACAGCUCCAAGUACAACAUUAACUACAGCAGCAACAACAGAACUAACCACUACCACAGAAUCAACUACACAGUCUACAUUAAGCACAGAACCAACAACAGUAGAAACAAUUAUAUCCACAACAACUGUAGACCCAACUAGUACAACUCAGGAGCCCAGUACUACAGAGGAAACUACUACAAGUACAACUGUACUGACAACAAUACCAACUACAGAACUAUCAACUACACAGGUUACAACAAGUACAGAACCAACAACUGUAGAAACAACUGCAUCUACAACUACUCCAGCUCCAACUACUCCAACUGAGGAAGCAACAACUACAGACGAAACAACUACAGCUUCAAGUACAACAUUAACUACAGCAGCAACAACAGAACUAACCACUACCACAGAAUCAACUACACAGGCUACAACAAGCACAGAACCAACAACUGUAGAAACAACUGCAUCUACAACUACUCCAGCUCCAACUACUUCAACUAAGGAAGCAACAACUACAGAGGAAACAACUACAGCUCCAAGUACAACAUUAACUACAGCAGCAACAACAGAACUAACCACUACCACAGAAUCAACUACACAGGCAACAAUAAGCACAGAACCAACAACAGUAGAAACAACUGUAUCUACAACUACUCCAGCUCCAACAACUACAACUGAGGAAGCAAGAACAACACUGGAAACAACCACAGAUACAACUGUACUUACAACAGUACCAACAACAGCAUCUACAACAAUUGUAGCCCCAACCACUACAACUCAGGAAUCCAGUACUACAGAGGAAACUACUCCAAGUACAACUGUACUGACAAAAAUACCAACUACAGAACUAUCAACUACACAGGUUACAACAAGUGCAGAACCAACAACAGUAGGAACAACUGCAUUUACAACUACUACAGCUCCAACUAUUCCAACUGAGGAAGCAACAACUACAGAGGAAACAACUACAGCACCAAGUAAAACAUUAACAACAGCAGCAACAACAGAACUAACAACUACCACAGAAUCAACUACACACGCUACAACAAGCCCAGAACCAACAACAGUAGAAACAACUGUAUCUACAACUACUCCAUCUCCAACAACUACAAUUGAGGAAGCAACAACAACAGAGGAAACAACCACUGCUACAACUGUACUGACAACAGUACCAACAACAGCAUCUACAACAACUGUAGCCCCAACCACUACAACUCAGGAACCAAGUACUACAGAGGAAACUACUACAAGUACAACUGUACUGACAACAAUACCAACUACAGAACUAUCAACUACACAGGUUACAAUAAGUGCAGAACCAGCAACAGUAGGAACAACUGCAUCUACAACUACUCCAGCGCCAACUAUUCCAACUGAGGAAGCAACAACUACAGAGGAAACAACUACAGCUCCAAGUACAACAUUAACAACAGCAGCAACAACAGAACUAACAACUACCACAGAAUCAACUACACAGGCUACAACAAGCACAGAACCAACAACGAUAGAAACAAUUAUAUCUACAACAACUGUAGCCCCAACUAGUACAACUCAGGAGCCCAGUACUACAGAGGAAACUACGAAAAGUACAACUGUACUGAUAUCAAUACCAACAACAGAACUAUCAACUACACAGGUUACAACAAGUGCAGAACCAACAACAAUAGGAACAACUGCAUCUACAACUACUCCAGCUCCAACUACCCCAACUGAGGAAGCAACAACUACAGAGGAAACAACUACAGCUCCAAGUACAACAUUAACAACAGCAGCAACAACAGAACUAACCACUACCACAGAAUCAACUACACAGGCUACAACAAGCACAGAACCAACAACAGUAGAAACAAUUAUAUCUACAACAACUGUAGCCCCAACUAGUACAACUCAGGAGCCCAGUACUACAGAGGAAACUACUACAAGAACAACUGUACUGACAACAAUACCAACUACAGAACAAUCAACUACACAGGUUACAACAAGUGCAGAUACAACAACAGUAGGAACAACUGCAUCUACAACUACUCCAGCUCCAACUGAGGAAGCAACAACUACACUGGAAACAACCACGGAUACAACUGUACUGACAACAGUACCAACAACACCAUCUACAACAACUGUAGCCCCAACCACUACAACUCAGGAACCCAGUACUACAGAGGAAACUACUACAAGUACAACUGUACUGACAAAAAUACCAACUACAGAACUAUCAACUACACAGGUUACAACAAGUGCAGAACCAACAACAGAAGGAACAACUGCAUCUACAACUACUCCAGGUCCAAGUACUCCAACUGAGGAAGCAACAACUACAGAGGAAACAACUACAGCUCCAAGUACAACAUUAACAACAGCAGCAACAACAGAACUAACAACUACCACAGAAUCAACUACACAGGCUACAACAAGCACAGAACCAACAACAGUAGAAACAAUUAUAUCUACAACAACUGUAGCCCCAACUAGUACAACUCAGGAGCCCAGUACUACAGAGGAAACUACUAAAAGUACAACUGUACUGAUAUCAAUACCAACAACAGAACUAUCAACUACACAGGUUACAACAAGUGCAGAACCAAGAACAGUAGGAACAACUGCAUCUACAACUACUCCAGCUCCAACUACUCCAACUGAGGAAGCAACAACUACAGAGGAAACAACUACAGCUCCAAGUACAACAUUAACUACAGCAGCAACAACAGAACUAACCACUACCACAGAAUCAACUACACAGGCUACAAUAAGCACAGAACCAACAACAGUAGAAACAACUGUAUCUACAACUACUCCAGCUCCAACAACUACAACUGAGGAAGCAAGAACAACACUGGAAACAACCACAGAUACAACUGUACUUACAACAGUACCAACAACAGCAUCUACAACAAUUGUAGCCCCAACCACUACAACUCAGGAACCCAGUACCACAGAAGAAACUACUACAAAUACAACUGUACUGACAACAAUACCAACUACACAACAAUCAACUACACAGGUUACAACAAGUGCAGAACCAACAACAGUAGGAACAACUGCAUUUACAACUACUACAGCUCCAACUAUUCCAACUGAGGAAGCAACAACUACAGAGGAAACAACUACAGCACCAAGUAAAACAUUAACAACAGCAGCAACAACAGAACUAACAACUACCACAGAAUCAACUACACACGCUACAACAAGCCCAGAACCAACAACAGUAGAAACAACUGUAUCUACAACUACUCCAUCUCCAACAACUACAAUUGAGGAAGCAAGAACAACACUGGAAACAACCACUGCUACAACUGUACUGACAACAGUACCAACAACAGCAUCUACAACAACUGUAGCCCCAACCACUACAACUCAGGAACCAAGUACUACAGAGGAAACUACUACAAGUACAACUGUACUGACAACAAUACCAACUACAGAACUAUCAACUACACAGGUUACAAUAAGUGCAGAAGAAGCAACAGUAGGAACAACUGCAUCUACAACUACUCCAGCGCCAACUAUUCCAACUGAGGAAGCAACAACUACAGAGGAAACAACUACAGCUCCAAGUACAACAUUAACAACAGCAGCAACAACAGAACUAACAACUACCACAGAAUCAACUACACAGGCUACAACAAGCACAGAACCAACAACGAUAGAAACAAUUAUAUCUACAGCAACUGUAGCCCCAACUAGUACAACUCAGGAGCCCAGUACUACAGAGGAAACUACGAAAAGUACAACUGUACUGAUAUCAAUACCAACAACAGAACAAUCAACUACACAGGUUACAACAAGUGCAGAUACAACAACAGUAGGAACAACUGCAUCUACAACUACUCCAGCUCCAACUGAGGAAGCAACAACUACACUGGAAACAACCACGGAUACAACUGUACUGACAACAGUACCAACAACACCAUCUACAACAACUGUAGCCCCAACCACUACAACUCAGGAACCCAGUACUACAGAGGAAACUACUACAAGUACAACUGUACUGACAAAAAUACCAACUACAGAACUAUCAACUACACAGGUUACAACAAGUGCAGAACCAACAACAGAAGGAACAACUGCAUCUACAACUACUCCAGGUCCAAGUACUCCAACUGAGGAAGCAACAACUACAGAGGAAACAACUACAGCUCCAAGUACAACAUUAACAACAGCAGCAACAACAGAACUAACAACUACCACAGAAUCAACUACACAGGCUACAACAAGCACAGAACCAACAACAGUAGAAACAAUUAUAUCUACAACAACUGUAGCCCCAACUAGUACAACUCAGGAGCCCAGUACUACAGAGGAAACUACUAAAAGUACAACUGUACUGAUAUCAAUACCAACAACAGAACUAUCAACUACACAGGUUACAACAAGUGCAGAACCAACAACAGUAGGAACAACUGCAUCUACAACUACUCCAGCUCCAACUACUCCAACUGAGGAAGCAACAACUACAGAGGAAACAACUACAGCUUCAACUACAACAUUAACUACAGCAGCAACAACAGAACUAACCACUACCACAGAAUUAACUACACAGGCUACAACAAGCACAGAACCAACAACAGUAGAAACAACUGUAUCUACAACUACUCCAGCUCCAACAACUACAACUGAGGAAGCAACAACAACAGAGAAAAGAACCACUGCUACAACUGUACUGACAACAGUACCAACAACAGCAUCUACAACAACUGUAGCCCCAACCACUACAACUCCGGAAGCCAGUACUACAGAGGAAACUACUACAAGUACAACUGUACUGACAACAAUACCAACUACAGAACUAUCAACUACACAGGUUACAACAAAUGCAGAACCAACAACAGAAGGAACAACUGCAUCUACAACUACUCCAGGUCCAAGUACUCCAACUGAGGAAGCAAGAACUACAGAGGAAACAACUACAACUCCAAGUACAACAUUAUCUACAGCAGCAACAACAAAACUAACCACUACCACAGAAUCAACUACACAGGCUACAACAAGCACAGGACCAACAACAGUAGAAACAACUGUAUCUGCAAGUACUACAGCUCCAAUCACUACAACUGAGGAAGCAAGAACUACAGAGGAAACAACCAUAGCUACAACAGUACUGAGUAAAGCACCAACAACAGAACUAUCAACUACACAGGCUACUACAAGCACAAAACCAACAACAGUAGGAACAUCUGCAUCUACAACUACUCUAGCUCCAAGCAUUACAAGUGAGGAAGCAACAACUAGAGAGGCAAUAAUCAGAGUUACAACUACAACUUUAACUAGAGCAGCAACAACAGAAUUUACCACUUCCACAGAAUCAACUACACAGGCUACAACAAGCACAGGACAAACAGUAGAAACAACUGCAUCUACAACAACUCCAGUUUCAACCACUGUAACUGAAGAAGCAACAACUAUAGAGGAAAUAACCACAACUAGAACUACAACUGAAACUGCAGCAGCAACAAUAAAAUUUACCACUUCCACAGUAUCAGCUACAAUGGCUACAACAAGCAAAGUACCAACGACAGUAGAAACAACUGCAUCUAUAGCUACUUCAGCUCCAACCAGUACAAUUCAGGAACCUACAACUACAACAGUACCUACAGCACCAACAACAGAACUGACCACUAGCACUCUAUCCACAACAGAGGCUACAACAAGCACACAGCCAACAACUGAACAAACAACUGCAUUCACAACAACUGUAGCCUCAACCACUACAACUCAGGAACAAACAACAACAGUGGAAACAACCACAGCUACUAGUAUACCAUCCACUACAACACCUACAACAGAACUGACCAGUACUAUUGUGUCCACAACACAGGCUGCAACAACAGAUGAAACAACUGCAUCUUCAACAACUGUAGGCCCAACCACUACAACCCAGGAACCAAGUACUACAGAGGAAAGAACCACAGCUACAAGUGUACUGACAACAGCACAAACAACAGAACUAUCAACUGCACAGGCUACAGCAAGCACAGAACCAACGACAGUAGACACUAUGGCAUCUACAGCUACUUCAGCUCCAACCAGUACAAUUCAGGAACCAAUGAUUACAACACUACCUACAGAACCAACAACAGAACUGACCACUAGCACUAUAUCCACAAGAGAGGCUACAACAAGCACUCAGCCAACAACAGAAGAAACAACUCCAUCUACAACAACUGUAGCCCCAACCACUACAAUUCAGGAACAAACAACAACAGUGGAAACAACCACAGCUACGAGUAUAUCAUCAACUACAACACCUUCAACAGAACUGACCACUAGCACUAUAUCCACAACAGAGGCUACAACAAACACGCAGCCAACAACAGAAGAAACAUCUGCCUCUACGACAACUGUAGCCCCAACCACUACAUCUGAGGAACCAACAACUACAGAGGAAACAACCACAGGUACAACUGUACUGACAACAACACCAACAACAGGACUGGCCACUAGCAGAGUAUCAACUAUAAAGGCUACAACAAGCACAGGACCAACAACAGUAGAAACAACUGUAACUACUACUCCAGCUCCAAGCACUACAACAGAGGAAGCAACAACUACCAAGAACACAACCACAGCUACAACUACAACAUUAAGUACAGCAGCAACAACAGAACUGACAUCUACCACAGUAACAACCACAAAGGCUACAACAAGCACAGAACCAAUAACAGUAGAAGCUAUUGCAUCUACAACUACUCCAGCUCAAAGCAAUACAACUGAGGAAGCAACAACUACACAAGAAACAACCACAGCUUCAACUGUACUGACUACAGCACCAACAACAGAACUAUCAACUACACAGGCUACAACACAGGCUACAACUUCUCCAGCUCCAUCAACAGCAAUCACAGUACCAACAAGUGCAGAAACAAUUACUCCUGCAAGGAGUAAAGCUUUAAUUACUACAGUUGAAGCAUCAAUAUCUACAGAGGAAAGUCCAACAACAUCACCUAGAACUGCACAAUCAAUAACAACUACUACUGAGUUCACAACACAGACUAUACCUUCUACAGCAACACCUUCAUUAAUACCUGGUUCAGCUGUGGUACAGACCAGGAUGGUCUUCAAUUCCUCCUCUCCUGUUCCCAGUGAGAGUUUGGUCCUCAGUGCGAUCCAGACUCUUCUCAGUGCUCGACUCACGAACCUCUCUGACUCUGUAAAAGUGCUGAACUUCACCUACGAGAGUAUGUUUUCUUUACUAAUACAUAUUACAGCUACAACUCUUCACAUCAUUGUCCUAUCCAUAUGA